AUGAGAAGUGACAGCGGUUGUUGGACAUGUCGCCUUCGACGCAAGAAGUGCGGCGAGGAGCAUCCUGUUUGCGAUGCCUGUGCUGCGCUGAACAUCAAAUGCUGCUACAGCCAGGAUAAGCCAGAAUGGAUGGAUGGCGGCGCCAGACAACAGGAGGUCGCCCAAAGACUCAAGCGCCAGAUCAGAGAGCAGGGCCACCGCCGCAAUGGGAAGCGCCAGAUCCAAGGUUCCAGAAAUCGCGGCUCACCAGCUGCAUUGCCUGUUGACAAAUCGGGGGUAACUUCCUCAGAACCAAGCGAUUAUCUGGCAACACCAGUAUCCGACAUACCAACCGGCGAUGGCAUGUCUUACACAGAAAGCAGCGAGGCCAUGGCCCAGACCGCUGGCCCACUCGGUCCAUAUCCUCGGGGCAAUACGAAUGGCAUGCUUGACGGCACAGAAGCGCGCGAGGGCGGAACCUCCGGCUGGCCUGAUGCUUGUCUGUUCAUGUUCUACCUCGAAAAUCUCCUUCCAUUCUUGUUCCCCUUCUACCGGCCGUCCCUCGCCGAAGGUGGCCGAUCAUGGAUACUGGACAUCAUGAUGACCAGCCCCGUCGUACGGCAGACGGCGCUGUGCCAGAGCUCGUACUUCUUCUCGCUGGCGUUGGGUGUAGGAGGCUGCCCCGUUGCGUUUCAGAAGCUGCUCAGGCAGACCAGAGACGCCUUCGAGACGCUGAGACAGUCGCUGCAGGCCCUGGGCGAGCGGAGCGGCGGCACCGAGCAAUAUCUCUGUGAGGUGGUAAGGACCCUCGCCGGCGUCCUGCAAUUGCAGCGCUUCGAGAUGUCCGUGUCGAACUUCGAGAACUCCCAGGCCCACCGCAGCGCUGCCAUUGCGCUCUUCCGCCGUGUUCUGGACAGUGCCGGCGCAGAAUGGUCUCGGACAAGCUUCGACACAGUCAUGAGCCGCCUCGGUACUUCGUCGUGGAAACUGCCUCCGCAAUGCAUCCAGGUCCCCAGCGCCGAGCAGGCAGCCUUUCGCUUCUCGUCUGGGCUGGUAAUACUGGACGACAUCAUCGCCAGCACGGUGCUCCAGGAGAAGCCGAUCCUGUACGCGUACCACGACAGCCUUCUGAAUGGCACCACCGACCAGUCGGGACCUCCAAUAAGUCUCGAGGCUAUUUACGGAUGCCAGAAUUGGGUUUUGCUCCAGAUCAGCGAAACCGCCGCGCUAGAUGCAUGGAAAAAAGAGUGCAAGAGAGCCGGCGACCUCGAUAUGAUGGAGCUCGUCCGCCGCGCCGCACCUAUUAAGGAUACCCUGGCUGUCAAACUUACACGCCUUGAAGCCAAUCUAGGUAGCGUCUCGGAACGAACGCACAGCAACAUGGUCCUGGAUAACCUCUUUGCACCAUACUACCAGCGCGAAUCUCCAGAACAAGUGGCCAGUCAUACCGUCCUUGUCACCCGCGUCUGGGCCCACGCCGCGCUUCUCUAUCUAUUCGUUGUGGUUUCCGGAUGGCAGCCCUCUAGCAGCGACGUGCGCUGCCAUGUCUCUCAAGUGAUCGACCUACUGACGCAUCAACUACCUGCCCCAGCAUUGCUGCGCACCAUGGUCUGGCCAUUCUGCUUGGCGGGAUGCCUCGCAGAGCCGCCGCAGGAGGCUUGUCUGCGUGGGAUGGUCGAGGUGCUGCAGCCGCCCAGCGUCUUCGGGACGGUCUACGAGGCGCUCGCGAUCAUGGAGAAUGUGUGGCGUUCUCGGGACAGCGGAGACGUCUCGAUACGGGAUCUGGCUGCUUGCUUGAGAAGCCAGGGCGACUUGGUGUUACUUGUUUAG